UACAGUCGCGUUUUUACGAUCGGCUGACGGUCGUUUUAACAUUCUAAAGACUUUGUUACCAUUUACUCGUCCCGAGUAACACAUUUUUAAUCUUUACUCGAUUUAACGAAAGUCUACGGUACCGUGAUAGUGAGAACUACGCUUAGUGUUCACUUGCUCGAUGUUGAAAUCGUGAAAUAUGUGGUUAUUGUACUUUUAUUAAUUUUCACGGUUAUCGCCAUCUUAGUCUGUCAUCGAACCUUUCGACUAAAGUUUAGUGUUUCUUACCUAAAAUUCAUCUGUGCUAUUUGAUACAAUUUCUCCACCAAAAAAUUACAAGUUUUCCCUCUUAUCGUGAAGAUUAUUCCACAGUGAAUUCACAACCGUGAUCGGUUCGUCUUCGACGUGUGUAUCGAAGCAUCCUUCGCUUCUUUAAGGAAGUGGGAUGGUACACUGAAGAGUGGAAGAUUCCUGCAUGGACCGUUCUCAAGACAAGAAAAUAGAAACCAUUGGUAGAAUGACGGCCAUGACACAGGAAGAAAUUGUGGCUGGUGCCAGGACUGUUGCCCAGGGACUGGAGGCCCUUCGUGUAGAACAUGGAGGGCUUUUGCAGGGGCUCCAGUCACAAGAUGCACCAGCUGCAAGGGACAAAGCUAGUUUGCUAUCAAAGAACAUUGAGAUGAUUGAACUGGGCCUUGGCGAGGCUCAUGUUAUGAUGGCUCUUGCUAGCCAUUUGCAAAUGGUAGAGGCUGAGAAACAAAAGCUUAGAACGCAAGUCAGAAGGCUAUGUCAAGAGAACGCCUGGCUGAGGGAUGAGCUAGCUGGAACGCAGCAAAAGUUACAAGCUAGCGAGCAAGCAGUAGUUCAAUUAGAAGAAGAUAAGAAACAUUUGGAAUUUAUGGCUAGCAUGAGGCAAUACGAUCCAGAUCCAUCAGCUGAUGAUGAGAAUGCUAAAGACAGACCAAAAGAUGAUCCUGUAGUUGAUUUGUUCCCCGACGACGACGCUGACGACCGAAACAGUAAGUCGAUAUCGCCGACACCACCGUCGCAAUUUGCGCAACAGGUAAACGCCGGGUACGAAAUACCUGCGCGUUUGCGUACGUUGCACAAUUUGGUUAUACAAUACGCGAGUCAAGGUCGUUACGAAGUAGCCGUACCUCUUUGCAAGCAAGCGUUAGAGGAUCUGGAGAAGACAUCCGGUCACGAUCAUCCGGACGUUGCAACUAUGUUGAACAUUCUCGCUUUAGUAUACAGAGAUCAAAAUAAAUACAAAGAGGCGGCAAAUCUAUUGAACGAUGCGUUGACUAUCCGUGAAAAGACACUCGGCGAGAAUCAUCCUGCAGUCGCAGCUACGCUGAACAAUCUAGCUGUUUUAUAUGGAAAGCGGGGCAAGUACAAAGAAGCUGAGCCAUUGUGUAAACGUGCUCUGGAUAUCAGAGAGAAGGUACUCGGACGUGAUCAUCCAGACGUAGCAAAGCAGCUGAACAAUCUCGCGUUACUCUGUCAAAAUCAGGGUAAAUACGAGGAGGUAGAGCGUUAUUAUCAGAGAGCGCUUGAGAUUUACGAGGCAAAACUUGGCCCCGACGAUCCUAACGUUGCGAAAACAAAGAACAAUCUAGCGUCUUGUUAUUUGAAACAAGGAAAAUAUAAGGACGCCGAGGUUUUGUACAAACAAGUACUAACAAGAGCGCACGAGAAAGAGUUUGGUGCUAUUUGUAGCGAUAACAAACCAAUCUGGCAGGUUGCGGAAGAAAGGGAAGAGAAUAAGCAUAGAAAUAAAGAGAAUACUCCUUAUGGAGAGUAUGGAGGUUGGCAUAAAGCCGCUAAGGUGGAUUCACCUACAGUUACGACUACGUUAAAAAAUCUUGGUGCGUUAUACCGAAGGCAAGGGAAGUAUGAGGCUGCAGAAACCUUGGAGGAUUGUGCUCUGAGAUCACGAAGAGAGCAGACAUUGGAGUUCGUGAAGCAGGGAAAGGUCGCGCAGAUUUUAGGGGAUGAAAAGGGAUCGACGCGACGCGGUUCGCGAUCUAGUUUAGCAAACAGCGAACACGAGCAACACGACGAGGGCUCGCUGCCGCUGGUACAAAGGGCGCUACACGAAGGACAGUCUGGCCACCACGACGCUAGUCCUAACAAACCCGGUUUUAAAAACAAGAUCUUUCAAGCUUUCGGGAUUCACCCUUCCACGUAGGAUAUUCGUCUGUAGCGUUACCUGUCGUUCAAUUAUGCCUUGAUCACACAAAUGAUCAACGACUUUCGGUGGGUCGCUGAAAGUUUUUUUCUAACGUUAGGACGAGAGAGAGAAUAUAUUUAAAAAAGAAUUACGCAUGUCUGAGAGAACAUUACGUUUUAGGUGUUUGUUUGAAAUUUUCAUAAUGGAGUAACCCAAACGCUGAGGAACACGUUAAAAUCGUGCGAAACAUGUCCUUAAUGAUUCCUCUUAAGCAUUUAUACAUAAUAGGGACGUGUAGUUGGAUUGUAGGAGAGAUGGGGCCUUUGGCAAUACUUUUGGGCAUUUGAUAGUUUCCCAGCAGCCGGUGUUUCCGACGAUACGACGAAAGCACAUAACUGCACAUUCUUUUAUUACAUUUACAAGUAUUUCGAUAAACCGUUUGUUGCUACUUCCAAUUAGCCUUUUGUACAAGUAUUGCGUAGAAAAAAGUACAGCCUUUUACGAAUCACUUCCACUUGUAAGCUGUGAUAAUAACGCUCCUUUAAUUAAUAUUUCGUUUUCUUUUUCCGCUACCUUCUUUAUUUUAACGACCGAGGAUGAUUUUUUUGUAUUUCGUAAUUUUUUAAAACGUUUAUCCGAAUUCGAUGGAGGUGCUUUAUACGAAGCAUUUUGUUUUAUUUAUCACUUUGCAUUAUUUAUCUUGUAAUUACUAUUUAAACUAUUGAAACUUUUUACGCUUGUAUCAUACACGAUCAUAUUAAAAAAGCAGUUAGAAUAAAGAAUGCUUCCAGAGAUAGUUAUUUUCUUAAUGAAACUAUAUAGUUAACUCGUUUCACGUGUUAUUAUUGGCUGAAUGAAAGAUACCCGCGAUGGGGAUUAAUUAAUUGAACGGACAGUAACCAAUUGUUCGAGUAAAAAGCGUCGUUUUAAUGCUUUAAGAUAUUUUUCGUAAGCCAAAAUACGGUGAAACAACGCACACGAAAUUUAUAAGUAGUCAAUUUCUAGCAACAGCUUUGCUUAACUAUAUAGUUCAGUAUAGAUUUGCAAAGAUGACGGAUUUUCAAGAUAAUUUCAUGUGCAGAGAAAAUUAAUAACGCUCUAAAUAACAUGUGACGAAAAUUACAUUAAUGUUCUCUGUGUAAGAGGUUGUUUUUUUAUCAUAUAACAUCCUUGUAUAGUCUGUUCUGAUUUUUAACAAAUGUGCAGUCUUCUUUCUAGCUUCAGAUGACAAAUUUGUCGUCGGUUUUACAUUCGUUAUCUCGUCGAUGUAAAACAAUGUGUUUAAUUUACAUUAUUUUUCAAACGAAAGCUUUUCUCACUUAGGGUUACACUGAUUGUGUCCUAAUUUUUAAUUACGCUCUGAGGUGUCUCGAAGCUCAUGUUAUAUUCAAAUUGUCCCCUUCAAAGUAUUAUGUAUUUUAUAAGAAAUGGAUGCAACUCGUGCAAUUCACUAUGUUAUAUAUUUAUAUAUUUAGAUUCUUAAACGGUUCUCAUUUGUUCUACAAAUGAAUGAAAAGCUGUGUUGCGGAUCUAUUUUAACAGAUCUCAAGAGUGUAAAGAAGGGUAAUUGUCUUAUCGUUCGGGGCACCUUGUAUCCCUUUCUUCUUUUCUAAUCUUUUAUACAUUAUAAAAUAAUAACGAUUCAAGAUCCUAUUUAGAUAAAUUUAUAAAAUUGUUAUGCUACAUUUAAUUGUACGUUAUAAUGUUUGAAAAUUGCAAUCGGUAACUGUGAACUGGAUUAUUUAAUAAUAAGUAGUGCCUUGAGACUUUAACAAGCGAACAAAUAAAUUAUUUUCUAACUGUAUAAGAAUCUACUUGUUAUUCGACCGAUGCUCAGUGAUGUGUGCAGGACCCUUACAUUCUGGAAUUUAUAUUUAUUGUCUGUCUGUUCUGUUUCUUUUGUUAUCAUCGAUCAGGGGCAGGUUUCUAACACGCGUCAUUUCUCAUUUUAUACGAAACAAAGAAUGUGUGUAACACAGGUUUUGCAUCAUUAAUUUUCCUCGCACGCAUUUGUGUUCUUUAACCACUAUUGUUACCAGUCGUUUUUUUUUUUUCGAUAUCUGCGUUGUCGUUUUGUUUCGCUUUGAUUUGAGUACUCUGCGGGCCGGGACUUAGAAUAAAGGAUGUCACCGGAGUACGAUCUCGUCUGGACAACAAACGGGACAGAAAUGACCGAUUUCUGGAACAGGACAGGAAGUAUUUCGUUCGUUCGCAAUAAAGGAUACUAUGUAAGAGAUAUUAUACGCGGAAAACGAUAUGUUGGGAUGAUUAAGGGCUCUGCAUUGUUUAAUUAAAACAUUGUCUGACGUCCAUUCUGUUUGGAUCGUUUAACCGUGUACAGCACAUUCCAGCUGCUUUUUCUUCUCAAUCAGACGUACCGUUAACGAAGUGGUCACGUUGCUCGUUACAACGCGGGACCCACCCUGAUCACAACUUCGUGCUAGCGACUGAGAAUUUGGAACAGGAAAGAAGGUUGCAAGGGAAAUUGCUCUACCGCCUUUGGGAACCGUGUGCGUAAACGAAUCAAAAUCCAACCGAGUCCAUUGUGUUUCAAACGACAGAAGAGAGAAUAUAUAUCAUGCUGCAAGUUAUAUUGACCUAAAGAAAUCAGGAUGUAUUCAAUCACCGUUCUCCGUAUCGUACAGAGAGCAAUGAACAAACAAAAGUUUCUUCGUACAGGCGUCCAUUUUACAUACACGCAUACAUAUCUUGUUUUUUUCUUUUUUUUUCUUCUUUUUUUCGUUGAGCAUACCACAGUUCAAACGAUGCGACUACGUGUAAUCAUUCCAUGAGCUCUAGCAGCUUUCUCGAUUCAGAAUUAAUGAAAAUGAUUUACAUAUAACAUAGGGAAUGUUUGUAUGUCGCUUAGCAUUAAAUGUACUCUUACACACCAUGCAUGUUAGGAUUAUGCGAAAUUAUCAUCGUCAUACCACUCCCCCAAGAUUAAUCACAAAUUGUAACUCGUUAGGAACGAACCGCGUUUUCCCUUUUUUAUUUUUGUCCCAUCUGGAAUUCGGAAUGUAGCGAAAAGAGCCAAUCUGCCGGAGACAUUGAUUUCUUUGUCCUAUUUAUAAUCGUACAUUUAAAAAAAUACUUAUGGUAUACUUAUGUAUUCGCAAUAUUUAAUUUAUUCCCUGCGUUCGCUGUUAAGAUAUUAGCGCGAGCACGACGGAUACUUGUAUUAUAGUUAUCGCGAUAUUUAAAUUAUUAUUUCGUCUCUGAAUUUUAUUCUAUUCAUUUUUUUUCCUUUUUGUUAUCCUUGUGUUCAAUCUCGUCGGGACGCGAAACAAGGAUUCCUUUUACAUCCAUGUUUUAUGUACACUUAAAACGUAUGCUUUAAAGCCAAGGGUCAUUGUAACUGGCUGUGAAUGCGAACUAUUUAAACCAGUCAGAAAAUUGUUUUUGAUUUUUGAGAGUAGCUACGACGAUAUAUAAUGAUGAUCGUUUGAAUUAGUCGAGUCCUGGUUGCAUAGAUCCGAGCUCUGUCAUUUUCAAGGAACAACGAGUUGAACUUUUUCAUUGUAAAAUUGUGUCAUUGUAAUGAUUCAUCAUGAAUGAGUGUUUCUAUAAGGAAUCAUUAUAGUGGGAACAUAGUUUGUUACAUAAUUAAUGAAUAGAAUUUUACGAACAAGGAAAUUAUUAAUGUAAUUCGCUAGAAGUUUCAAAUGAUAAUUACUCCUAUUGUACAGGAUGUAUGUUGCUUCCAUGAUACAUUUAUUGUUAAUGAAAAGCAACUAUAACUGUACUUAGAAAGUAGCAAAGAAACUCGAUAUUUUACAUCAAUAUUUAACUAACAAGGAAAAUGAAAAUUAAAUAGUCUAAUAAUUACUCUAUUAUCGUUAACUGCUACAAAAUAAUUAUUCGCUUCUCAAAUGAAUAAAUGAAGAAAGAGUUAAAAAUCAGAGAGACUUGUGAAAGAAAUUACAUUGGACUGGCCUAGUUCAAAAGAUUUCAGAUAUUACAUUCGGCUCGCCGGUGUAUAAUUAUCAUUUUAUAGUCGUAGCCGCGAUACGCUAGUUCGUUUUCAUUUUCUCAUGUAAUUAUUUAAGCAAUUUCAUUUCUCAUCGACGCUUCAUCUUUUGCUCCUGCGUUCAUUAAUUUAGGAAUCAUCUCUUCAUCUUUUUUUUUUAAGCUAUCAUUUCUUUUCUCACGUGUGCUCUCAUUACCUUGGAAAAGUGAAACAUGCAUUUAUUGAUAAAUACGCAUAUUCUGCGCCUGAGAGCUUAAAGGCCUAGAGAAUACCAGCUUUUCUUUCGCUUUUAUGUAAUAUUAUAGUUUGUUAACAGUUUGCUAUAUUUUAAGAUCACUUGUAUUAAGUGGAAUCGUUGCAAAGGAAUUUUAUUUUUAACAUAAAAAUCGCACCACACGUUCACUUUUAUCUUAUUUUAUGUUUCUUCUAUUAGAUAAACUAGAUAAGAAUAUUUAUUGAGAGGUAUACGAUGAGUAUAUGUAUUUUAAUAAUUGUCUUUUAACUUACACUUCGAGAAUCUCUCUAUCGCUGGUUAAGCUGCGACAAAAGACCUGUGUAAUUUUUAAUAUUUUUAUUCUAAUUGUUUUUUCUUUAAUAUUUAUAUUAGAUGUUUUUAUUAGCUUGUUUUCUUAGCAGGGAUAGUGUAGCUUCUUUUCUUUGUUCCUUAAGAAGUUUCUCUUUUUUUUAUUAUUGCGUUGAAAGGAGGUUUUAAUAAAUGAUCGUCGAUGAUCUACUAAUUUUAUACUUGAUAAAUAGAUGUGAUACAGUAUUAGGAUAAGGUUUUUAGUGUCCGUUCACCGUCGAAAGUAGUUGUUGCUUUAUUCAAUGGAACAACAAAACUUUUGAGGUAUUGCAGCUCUCAGGUGCAAGUACUGUUAUUUAAAUAAUAUGUAAGUUUUGAUUUAUAAUAAAUAUUUCCACUUGGUAAGACUUGUUCGUCUGCUCCUUCGCGUAUUAAGGUUUCCAAACGACAAAUUGUACUUAGGUUUUCGAAUUUUAAUUAAAACAUU